AGGACGAAAUCAUGAACCAUAACUAUGGCUUUACUGGCGAAGUCUUGGCCAAGUACGACGUGGAACUGAAAAUCUUUGUGGCUUUCCAGCGGGUUUUCAUGUGUUUGCCCCUAGCGCAUGUGGUGAACCACGACGUUUUCGUGACCCAUGGGGGUCUACCUAGGAUAUCCAAGAACCUCAGCCUGGACACAAUCGCUGCCGUGGACCGAAUCAAGGUCAGCCAAGACGAUCCACGACAGCCGAGAGAACCACAGGAAGAGGAUAUCAUCUACAAUGAUCUCAUGUGGUCAGAUCCCUUUGAGGGUGCCGGCAUCCGGGGGAGUGAGCGCGGCGGUAGCGCGCGGCAGUUUGGUGCCGACAUCACGGAAGAGUUCCUGGCCAAGAAUGAUCUGAGCUUCAUGAUUCGCUCGCAUGAAGUCAAGGAUGAAGGCUAUGAGUGGAUGCACAACAAGAAGUGCCUCACCGUUUUUUCGGCGCCCGGCUAUUGUGAUUCUUGCCGCAACCGGGGUGCUGUCGUGCGACUGCAUGCUGAAGAAGAUGAAGGUCGUUUGCGGCCAGAGAUCCGUCCAUUUGACACGGCCGAGAAGCCGCAGGACUAUGUUUAUGCCAUGUCCUAUGCCAGUUCAACGUACCAGCUUUGGAAUGAAGCCCUGAGAAAGGCCGGCAUUAACUGAGCUGCAGCCAGCUGGUGGUAGGGGAAAC